AUGUUCCACAGCGUGCAGCAAUCUAGGACCAGCCAUGGUGUCUACAAGAUAGGCCAGAUUGCGAACCCAACACUGUCUGAUUACAAAAGAAAAGACCGGAUGCCUUUCAGUUCGACUGCGGGUAUAUUUACAGUGUCGGGGUCCAUACAUGUGGAAACUCUGGAGAUGGAGGUCACUUUAGAAGUGUAUGAAAUGAACCUGGGUAUCUUACACGGAUACGCUGGUCAGCCCUUCAAGAUCGCCUUGGAUCUAAGUAUGGUGAAGGGCGACAUUGAGCUACGAUUGACUGGUUUUGAUGAAUUGUGGCUUGACAUCGAUACAAAAGUGUUUCAAGCGGCCGAGGAUGGCUCAGGGCAGUUUGUAGAAUACAGGAAAGCCCAUCUUAUACUGGAAAUGCCGGGUAUCAAGUGCGCACCUUGGCUUUCCCCUGGUUCGGAUCUUUAG